CGCCCCUCCUCGCCGCUGCCGCCACCUUUCCCCUCCGCUCCCUUCCCCCGGCGAGAGCCUCCCCGCGUUCUGCUGACUGACACCGUCCCCCGGCCAUCCCUCGGGGUCGACUCCCUUCAGACAUCUUUCGGAGGCUCCACCGAGGAGAGGGAAACGAGGUCUCCGACCCUGCUUGAACUCGGUUCACAGGCGUCGCGGCCGGUCCGAGAGCCCUCACCCCGCUUGCCACCCUCGCCACGGAUCCAUUAGCAUCACGAGAGCCCGGCCCCGACCCCUUGUCAGAUAUCUUCCCCUAAUGGUUAAGGAGGAGAUACUUUUAUUUUACAAAAACGUGGACUUAAUGUGAUGAACCUGGCGCCUCAGCUUUCAGAAAGGGACGUGUCUUGGUGUACUGACCUGAGUAAAAGAACUGUGUGCAGUCGCCUGUCAGUGCGAGAAAAUCACCUGCCUGGUGUUUUGUCGCAUUUUAAGACUUAAACUUGCAGGCCACAUGUCGGAUUUCAUUUUGGAAGACAUGGAUCUCGCUGCUAAUGAGAUCAGCAUCUAUGACAAGCUUUCAGAGACAGUUGAUCUGGUGAGACAGACAGGCCAUCAGUGUGGAAUGUCAGAAAAGGCAAUCGAAAAAUUUAUCAGACGGCUACUGGAGAAGAAUGAACCUCAAAGGGGACCACCCCAGUACCCUCUCCUCUUAGCCAUAUAUAAGGUCCUCCUAACUCUGGGAUUAAUCAUGUUCGCUGCCUACUUUGUAAUUCAACCUUUUAGCUCAUUAGCACCCGAGCCAGUGCUUUCGGGAGCUCACACCUGGCGUUCACUCAUCCAUCACAUUCGGCUGAUGUCCUUGCCCAUCACCAAGAAGUAUAUGCGAGAGACUAAGGGCGUUCCUCUGCAAGGCGGGGAGGAAAACAAACCCUUCCCAGGUAGAAGGCUGCACUUAGAGAUGGAAUUUGACCCCUGGUCAUCAAGUGGCUGUGAGCAGAAUGAGUCAGAACCCAUCCCUGCCAACUGCACUGGCUGUGCCCAGAUACUACCCCUCAAAGUAACGCUCCCAGAGGACACUCCGAAGACUUUUGAGAGACUCCGUCCUCUGGUGAUCAAGACAGGGCAGCCUCUGUUGUCUUCAGAGAUUCAACAUUUCUCAUGCCAGUACCCUGAAGCCACAGAGGGCUUCUCUGAGGGGUUUCUCACCAAGUGGUGGCGCUGCUUUCCUGAGAGGUGGUUUCCAUUUUCUUACCCAUGGAGGAGACCUCUAAACAGAUCACAAGUUUUACGGGAGCUUUUUCCUGUUUUUACCCAACUUCCAUUUCCAAAAGACGCCUCCUUACACAAGUGCUUCCUGAUCCACCCGGAACCUGUGGUGGGUAGCAAGAUGCAUAAGGUGCACGACCUGUUUACUGUUGGCAGCGGGGAAGCCAUGUUGCAGCUCAUUCCCCCCUUCCAGUGCCGAAGACACUGUCAGUCUGUGGCCAUGCCGAUAGGACCUGGAGAUAUUGGCUAUGCUGGUGCUGCCCACUGGAAGGUCUACAUUGUAGCCAGAGGGGUUCAGCCUCUGGUCAUCUGCGAUGGAACCACUCUCUCAGAGCAGUAGGAAACGACUGUCUAUAGGAACUGCUUAAAGAGCUGAAAACCAGGCUGAAAAGAACAGGGGGGAGGAAUAAAAACACUAAAACCUUU